AUGUCAGUCUCGCGUGCCAACCAGUCGGCGCCCAACUUUCCUUCGUUUUCCACAGUCAACUUCUACGCUGGCAGCAAGCUGAAUCGUCUCUCUUGGCUGCGCACUUCGACCGACUUUCUCAACUCGACCAUCGCCUCUGCCGAGACGCGCUUCGUGGUUAUGAAGGACAACAAUCCGCUCUGCCACGCUCGCGGCGACGCGUCUGGCGACAAGCACGGCCUACUAGCCACGCUCCCGUGGGAGCAGGUCAAGCCGUACAUCCUCCGGAACGUCGAGGCGUCUGGAGGUGUGCAGACCGAAACCGACAACGUGCUCGUGUUUGGUGCACAGGCGUACGGACUGCAGAACAACACGACCGAGGGCAAAGACUUUGCUCGCGCCACCGACGGUGUAGGACCUAGCAGGUUGGCGCUGGUGUUUCUUGGGAUUGACGAAUCCAAUCUGAGUGAGUCAUCGUUGCCCGGUCAGAUGGCCAAAGACGACAAAGGCGGCGCUGCGGCGCGCGCAGGCGUGCCUUACUUUGCCCUGUCGCUCACCUACCGACCAGCGUUCUUGGCUGCCGAUGAGACGUCACCGAUGCAAGCGCUGUUGGAUGAGCUCGAGGCACAGCCGGACAAGUACGAGUUUAUCGAUCUGCGUGCUUCGUCGAGAGCUGCGACGUGGCCGGUCGAGGACGCGGCGAUGGUGGCACAGGCCAAGAGCUUACUGGAUUGGAACGAACGUCACCAGUACUGUCCCGGAUGCUCGCGACAGCAGUACUCGCUGUGGGCAGGAUACAAGCGUGGAUGCAGUUCGUCGCUCGAUCACGCUGUACCCGGGACCAACUUUGCUAAAGCGUUGCUUUCGAAUGCCCAACAUGCGUGUUUCGCGCAGGACGGAAAGGGGAUAUGUCCAUCGACGCAGGUACUGUCGAACUUCCACUAUCCUCGCACUGACCCGGUGAUUAUCAUGGCUAUCAUCUCGCCCGAUGGCGAAAAGGUGCUGCUGGGCCGUCAGAAGAAAUGGCCCGAUGGCUUCUACUCGUGCCUUGCAGGGUUCUGCGAACCGGGCGAGUCGUUCGAAGAAGCAGUGCGACGCGAAGUGCUCGAAGAAUCCGGGAUUCACGUCGGUCAGGUCAUCUACCACUCUUCGCAACCGUGGCCGUAUCCCACGAAUCUCAUGGCUGGCUUCUACGGUAUCGCAAACACCGACGAUCAAGAUGCUAUCCGACUGGACCUCGACAACGAACUUCAAGAUGCUCGCUUCUACACGCGCCAGCAAAUCCUCGAUGUGAUCAACAGCAACAGUCAAUCUCACUUGACUCGAGCCGAAUUGCAAAAGUUGGAUCAACAACAUACCGCUCCAUCAGACGAGAGUGGUGAGCAGAGCGGUAAGCAGAGCAACAAGCUCGCGAUCAGGUUGCCGCCUAGCACCGCCAUCGCCAGGGUGUUGAUCGAAGCUUGGGCCAGACGUGAGGCUGUGCUGCCUGAUCAUAUGGACAACUUUCAAAAGACACGCAUGUAG